AUGGGGCAAUUUCAGAAUCUUUGUGGUUCUCUUCUCUUUCUUGCUCUUCUGAUCAUCUCUUCUUCACAUUUGAUCAUUGCAACACCUUUAUAUUACACAAUGGCCAACUUAUUGACCUCCUGGACCAACAAUCCCACGCCUAUGAAUUCCUCAGAUGAUAUCACAUUUAGAACUGUUCUUCAUGCAGGAGCAGGAAGCUCUAACCCACAAUUUUUCUGUGGCUUCUAUUGCAACAAUAGUAUUGGUAAUAGUAGACCCCCACAAGUAGUCUGGUGGCGAAUCGAGACAAUCCUGUCAAGAUUAAUGCAACAGUGA